AUAAAAAUGCACGAAAUGCAAGGGAUACUUUUGUGUUCUGGAGGUGGCACACGCAUGCCUGUCCUUACACGCCAUGUUCAAAAAUGCCUACUGCCUGUUGUCGGAGUGCCAAUGUUCCUUUAUCCACUUUCCUCGCUUCUAAGAACAGGAAUUACUGAUAUCAAGAUAUUUGUUCGUGAAGUUCUUCAACUAACUCUCGAAAAAGAAGUAAAAAAGUCGAAGCUAUUAGAAAAGUAUCCAGCACAUAUUGAAUAUAUUUGUGUCAAUCAAGAGGAUUUUGGAACCGCGGAUCUAUUGAAGAAUCAUCAUUCUAAAAUUACGAAAGAUGCAUUGAUUGUUUCCUGUGAUUUUAUCAGCGAUGCCAGUCUCAUUCCACUUGUUGAUUUCUUCCGAGCUACAAAUUCCACGCUUGUCGCUCUUAUUGCAGAUACGUGUGUCAAUGCUCCGGCUCCGGGAUCAAAAUCGAAAAAACCUAAAGCCACCGAUGUAAUGGCAAUAGUAGAAUCGACAGGUCAACUUGCAUUCCUUUGCGGAGAUGAUGAUUUUGAUGCUCCAUUGGUUAUGGAGAAAAGUUUGAAAAUAUUCCCAUCGAUCAAAUUAACUUCAAAGUACAAUGAUUGUCAUGUUUAUGCUAUACGUCAUAAAGUUCUUCUUAAUCUGUCAAAAUCAAAACACAUUUCAUCAUUCAAAGCCGAUUUUGUGCCUCUUCUGAUUGAUAAACAAUUUGAACCGGAUUCUGAUAUCAAAUGCUUUGCAUAUCGUCUUCCUCAUGAAAAUGGAUUUGUAACUGCACAUGCGAAUACUCUUGGCUCUUAUUUCGAAGUGAAUAAAGCUAUUCAAAAAUCUUUUACUCGAUUGAUGGAAUAUCGCGGAAAUGGGAAGAAUUUCAACUACAAAACUGAUAAAAUUGCUGCCCACGAGAGUCGGAUCGAAGAAAGCGCAGAGAUUGACAAGGAUUCAGUUAUCAAACGGUCUUUCAUCUCGGAUAAUUGUCGGAUUGGUGAAAAAACAAAGCUAAAAGAGAGUAUCAUUGCCAAAGGCGUUGUCAUUGGAAAUGGUGCCUCCAUAAGCAACUCUAUUAUUUGUGAUGGAGUAGAAAUCGGAGAGAAUGCUGACGUCACCAAUUGCAUUGUUGCUAAGGAUCAGAAGGUACCUGCUAAAGGCAAAGUUCAAAACGAGGUAGUAGAAGAUGGAGAAGACGAAGAAUGGACCGAUGAUUAACAAUCUUGGAAUUUUAGGAAUAAUUGGAGCCUUUUUGUGUUUUCUCUUUUUUUUACGCGGUUGUUUUAUUUUUGUUUUCUGAUAAAUUUAUUGAAGAUU